AUGGUGAAGGAGGCCGAGAGAGACGACGGAGACGAUGGAGAUAACGAAGGAGAUGGCGGAGCUGAGCGAGAGAAUGAUGAAGACGUUGAUGGAGAGGUUGAAGCGACAGUUACUGCGAGAGAGAAUAAUGGAGACGAUGAAGAUGUUGAAGCCAAUGAUGAAGUGCAAAGUGAAGAAGACAUAUUAGAGAGGUUUGAGUACGAAAUAGAGGAAGCUGUAGAAGAUUGGAUUGAUGAGUAUCAGAUUCACCAAAACCAGAUUCCAGAUAGCUCAGAUGAGGAUGAGGAUCCAGUAAUUACUAGAGAGAGGAAAAUUAGGUUGGGAACGCAUGAUAAGUUGGCUAUUGGUAGAACAUUUUUCACUGCUUUUGAAAUCAAAGAGACUAUGUUGCAUUAUGCAUUGAAGAAUAGAGAAAACCUGAAACAAAAUAGGUGGGAGAAGAACAAAAUCAGCUUUAGUUGUGCUGUAAAGAAGAAAUGUGAUUGGAGGGUAUACUUUGCAUAUGGUGCGUCCAGGCAACUGUGGAUUUUGAGAACUAGAUGCACUGAUCAUACGUGUAGCUCUAAUGGGAAAUGCAAGCUUCUGAAGAGUGCAGUUAUUGGCAGAUUGUACAUGGACAAACUAAGGUUGCAGCCUAACUUCAUGCCUCUUGAUAUUCAACGCCAUAUAAAAGAGCAAUGGAAAGUAGUAAGUACCAUUGGACAAGUUCAGAGAGGAAGACUUCUAGGACUGAAAUGGCUAAAGGAUGAAUAUGAUCAACAAUUUGCUCACCUACGAGGAUAUGUUGUUGAACUCAAAGAGUCCAACCAAAACUCAACUGCAUUUGUUGACACCAUUUCUAAUGCUGCUGGAGAAGAUGUAUUCGACAGGAUAUAUGUAUGUCUUGGAGCAAUGAAGAAUGCAUUCUACUAUUGUAGACCAAUCAUUGGGAUUGAUGGAACCUUCUUGAAGCAUGCUAUUAAAGGGUGUCUAUUGACUGCUAUUGGGCAUGAUGCUAAUAACCAGAUUUACCCUGUUGCUUGGACAACUGUGCAAUCUGAAAAUACAGACAAUUGGCUAUGGUUUUUAAAUCAACUAAAGGCCGACUUGAAUCUAAAAGAUGGGAGUGAUUAUGUAGUCCUAUCAGAUCAUUGCAAGGGAAUCAUUAGUGCGGUGAAAAGUGUAUUACCAAAUGCUGAGAACAGACCGCGUGUGAAGCAUAUUGUUGAAAACUUGAAGAAGAAACAUGCCAAUAAAGACUAUUUGAAGAAGCAUGUGUGGAACUUAGCUUGGAGUUAUAGUGAAGCUGAAUAUAAGAUUAACUUGAAUGCAAUGAGAGCAUACAGUUUAUCUUUGUAUGAAGAUGUCAUGAAGGAGGAAACAAAGACAUGGUGUAGACCUUAUUUCAAGAUUGGCAGUUGUUGUGAGGAUGUAGACAACAAUGCAACAGAGUCCUUUAACGCCACAGUCGUCAAAGCAAGGGCAAAAGCAUUGGUUCCAAUGAUGGAGACAAUAAGAAGGCAAGCAAUGACACAUAUAACCAAGAGAAAGGAUAUAAUACUCAAAUGGAAGAAAAAAAUAUCUGAAUACGUUUCAGAUAUUCUGGCAAAGGAGGAGGAAGACGCUCUUAGAUGUGAAGUCACAAAAGGAACCCACGGGAUUCCAUGCAUGCAUGUUUAUGCAGCAAUCAUAGAUGUUGGUAAGGAUGUUGAAGAUUUUGUAUCUCCAUACUUUACUACUGACAUAUGGCUACAACAAUACGAAACAGGUCCUUAUCCAGUGAGAGGUCAACGGUUCUGGAUGACAAACAACUACGUCUUGUUAAAAGCACCUCCAGAACCAAUCCUACCUGGUAGAAAGAAAGGAUCGAAAAAGAACUAUGAUCGAAUCAAAGGUAAGCUUGAGUCCCCAAAGAAGAAGAAGGGGAAGAACGGAAAAAACGAACCAAAAAUACUCAAACUUUCUAGGAAAGGAAGGAUAAUGCAUUGCCGCUCAUGUGGUGAAGCAGGGCACAAUGCAGCAGGAUGUAAGAAUUUUCCUCAGGAGAAGAAGAGCAAAAAGAGUAAAGAUGAGGCUGGUGGAUCUACUAUUCAGGGACCCGAGACUGUCACACAAACAUCUCAGCCACCAGACACAUUGACACAAAAAUCUCAGCCAGAGACACUCACACUCACACAAGGAAGCAUGUGA